CAGUGUCAUAUUGGUUUUGUUAUUAUUGUUAGUUGGAAAAUAAAAUUGUUUCAUAAAACACCACAUUUGUUUAUACCACAUUAGUAAUGGACCCAACCAAAAGAAUUGGUAAAAUAAAAGAACAAGUUGAACUGGAAAACAUUUCACGACGUCGUUAUCUCGAGAAAUGGGGCAAAUUAACCGGCAAAGAUGUUAACCGUUUCUACAAUCAGGACGAAGUCAAUAAAAUUCUUCGUAAUACAAACGAUAGAAAUGUCAAUAAAGACAUUUGGCCAUCAUCAUACAUUUACACAGGACACGGUGAUUCAUACUUUGUCUCAAAGGAUAUGUUUGAAUCGCUUGUGGCCAAAUGCCGUUGCGGUCGCCGACGUACCGAAGGGCAUUCAAUUAAAUGUCUACAAAAAGUGCAAAGCAAAUAUUUUAACGACGAUGGCGAUGGAGAAGGCGGCAUCAGUGGUAACGGCAAUAGCAGCAGCAAAAGCAGGAACGAUGACAUAGGAAGAGCACUUCCACUUCCAUCGUCAUCCUCAUCAUUGAUUGCUUCAGGUGAUAAUGGUCCUAGUAAAAGGAUUCAAGUCAAAUACGACAAAGACGACAGUGAGACUGAGGCAAUAGACACAAAUGGCGGCGGCUGUGGCGGUAGCGUUGUCAUAAGAAGCCAAAACCAUCAUGCUGCUGAUGGUAAUGGUCACAAACGUAUCCCAGAGACGUCAAACGGAGUAAUAGGAUGGCCACAGAGCAGAUUCAGAGAUUGGGAACAGUCUACAAAGUAUGUUUCUCCUGUCACCAAGAUGUAUGGCUAUAAAGUCACCGAACGCCCUUACAAUGUAAUAUUUAUUGGAUAAAU